GCGCGCGCACGCACGCAAAGGGAGGCAAGCGUGGAGAGGGCGAGCGCGCGGGGGAUCGCGGUCCUGAGGUAACGCCGGGCACGAGGCGGUUAUCUGUUUUUUUUCGGCCAGAACGGAAGGUGCAAGCGCCAUUGUAACUACACCGAGCUCAGCGAGAGAAAGCAAGAGGGCUUCCGCCUUAGCUCGCCUUUGAGAGAAACGACCGCGGCGUCAGGUUCGACAUCUUCUAGGCCGCUGUAGGCGGGGCUUAUUCGGACGUGGCCGGCCCACUCGGGCCCCGCGCAUUUUCAGGAUGUCGGCACAGGCUCAGAUGCGUGCGAUGCUGGACCAACUCAUGGGCACCUCCCGGGACGGUUCAAUGUAUCUAUGCCUGCCUACUUCAUUCUGCAAGGGAGUGUCAGAAAGGCCCCGCAUUCGCCGAGCCGAGAUACUACCCGUCAGCGAAUUAAAUUCAGUGACGACAGAGUGUGCAAAAGUCAUCUUCUCAACUGUUGCCCUCAUGAUGUCCUCUCAGGAACAAGGAUGGAUCUUGGAGAAUGUCUAAAGGUGCAUGAUUUGGCAUUGAGAGCAGAUUAUGAAAUUGCAUCAAAAGACCAAGACUUUUUCUUUGAGCUUGAUGCAAUGGAUCAUCUACAAUCAUUCAUUGCUGACUGUGAUAGGAGAACUGAAGUGUCAAAGAAAAGACUGGCUGAAACUCAAGAAGAGAUCAGUGCUGAAGUUGCAGCCAAAGCUGAACGAGUCCACGAAUUAAAUGAAGACAUUGGAAAACUGCUUGCUAAAGUUGAACAACUUGGAGCUGAUGGAAAUGUGGAAGAGUCUCAGAAAGUAAUGGAUGAAGUAGAGAAAGCAAGGGCAAAGAAAAGAGAAGCAGAGGAAGUGUACAGGAAUUCUAUGCCUGCUUCCAGUUUCCAGCAGCAAAAGCUACGGGUCUGUGAAGUGUGCUCAGCCUAUCUUGGCUUACAUGACAAUGACAGGCGACUUGCUGAUCAUUUUGGAGGAAAAUUGCACUUGGGUUUUAUUGAAAUAAGAGAAAAGCUUGAAGAACUAAGGAGAAUUGUGGCUGACAAACAGGAGAAACGAAAUCAGGAACGUCUAAAGCGGAGAGAAGAACGGGAGAAAGAAGAAAGAGAGAAGUUAAGAAGAUCUCGUUCCCAUAGCAAGAACCCCAAAAGAUCUAGAUCCCGAGAUCGCCGUAGACAUCGAUCUCGGUCAUCCUCACGUGAACGAAAGAAAAGAACCCGCUCCAGAUCCCGUGAAAAGCGACAUCGUCAUAAGUCUCGCUCUACUAGUCGCAGCCGGAGCCGCAGCCACCAGAGGAGCAGGCAUAGCUCCAGAGACAGAAGCAGAGAACGCAGUUCCAAAAAAAGAUCGUCAAAAGAAAGAUCUUCCAGAGAUCAAGAACGAACCAGAGAUCGUAACAGAACAUUGUGUGACAAAGAAAGUUGCCCCAGAGAAAAGUCACCAAGAGAUCGAAACUGCAAAGAAAGGAAGCGUUCUUAUGAAAGUGCAAAUGGCCGAUCAGAAGACAGGAGAAGCUCAGAGGAGCGUGAAGCAGGAGAAAUAUAACUGGCUGUACAUUCACUUGAUCCUUUAGCUUCCUAUGAAGUUGCAUACUGUGGUUUAGUUUAUUAAAAGGGACACCAGUGAGCGAUUCCACAUGCUUAUCCAACUAGGAUAGAUGUACAGUGUAUAAAAAUGGUUAUAAUGAAGUCUGAAUUGAUCCCUUUCCAUUGAUGAUAAUUCAAUUGAUGAUAAGUAAAACAGUUUCCUUUUUCUUCUCCUCCAUUAAACUUGUAAGACGUAUUUUCAAAGAUCUAUCUUCAAGACACCAGUUUUAUGUACCAACGUAAUAGAUCUCAGUGUUUUAUUCUCCUUUUCAAUACAGGUUAUAGUGAACAAAACUAUGUUGUGCUCUUUGCUUUGGAUGCUUUCAAACCUUUAUAAACUCUUCUAAUUUUAUUCCUGUCAAACAGCAGCACUGAGUCAUUUUUAAAGAGGUUGAGUGGGUUCCAGGCUUUUAUUACCACCAUAAGAUUGUGUUCUCAGUUCCUUCUUGAGAACUGAACGUGUUUGGCAAUGUUUAGGUUGGGGACAUGUGCUGAAGAAAAUGACAACUUUUAAAUUUUAUUUUUACAGUGCCUAUUUAGACUUGGAAGUCAAACAGCUGUUGCAGUUCACCCUUUUAAAUUUUCUUUUGAAACUUUGAAAUCAAAGCCAGUCCCAUAUCUCUGUACCAUUUGGUUGGUCUGUGUCCAGUAUAUUCGUUUUUUAUUUCAUAAUGAUUUUUAUGUUUUUUUCUUGUGGUGUGUUAACUGCACAUCCUUAAUUGUAAACAACAAACAAUAAUAAAGUAAGCAAAAAAAUAACAGUUUGUCCAGUGAAAUAGCUGUGUGUUCCCACUCCCUCUUAGCAACUAAAGUGCAUGCUUGUAACUGAUGCUUUUUAUCAAUUAAAUCUGGAAACUUAUUUCUUAUUUAUUUGGAAGGUAUUGUUUCAUAUGUGUUGUUCAUGUAUGUAUUGAAAAUGUUUAUGAAACGCAGAGACUAAGUCUAAAAUACUUUAUGUAACUCAUAUUUCUAUACAUAUGAAAGCCAGCUUUCUUUGAGGCGGUAAGUUGUAACAACUGAAAACGUGCACUGACACUCCAACAACAUUUUAGACAGAGCAAUUUAUUGUUAAAGAUACAAUUGGAUAAAUAUGCUUCAGCAUCCCAAGGAUGUAUAAAUACAUUGCCUUCCAUUAGUUUGUCACAAAUACUUAAUAUCUGAUGUGGGGCCGAAACUUCUUCAAUCAGAUUCUUUUUUUGUGGUUUAACCACUUUUGUAAUUAUGAAGAACUUUCUUUUCCUCAACGUUUAAGUGAAACUAUAUCAGUGAAACUUCUGCAAACUAACUUUGUUCUUUCCUUACUGUCCUUAGAUGCAUUAACUAAUCCCAACAAGUUUUGUUUUUAAAAUUCUUUGAAAUGACAGGUACAAAAUUCAUUAUUGUAAAAUGACGUUUAGUUGAUCAAUAUAAUAGUUAACUAAUAUGUUAAUCAGGGCUAUUGUGGCAUUUUAAAUUUACAAAGUAAAAGUAUGCAUACUUGGAAUUUUUACAAUGUAGAUAUAUCUAUUUUCAGUAACAGUCGGAUACACACCCUUGCUCACAAUAUAGUGCCUUGCACAACUGUAUCAAGAUCUACACACUCCAGCAUUGUCUAAAAAUAUAGUUAUCCCAGUAAAUAAUAGAUUGUCUCUAAAAAAAAAUAUUUUACAACCAAGAAAUACAUCCAAUAUAUUGUUACUGUAGCAAAUGAGCUUGUAAAAUAUUUAUCUUUUCAGUAACAAUAUAAUUUGGUAAAGGUAUAGUUUUGUAGAAUUAAUAGCAAAAGAUAGAGACAACUUUUUCAUCACAUCCUUCCAAAAAUACUUAAUUUUUGAUCUUGGUGAUGAUAGUUCACCCUGCUUCUUAACUCAUGACAGUGACUUUUUUUUUUUUAAAGAGUCAUCUAUUCAACAACUCUUUUUAAGGAUUUGGUGUAAUGGCCAUAGAUCAGAAUAUUUAACAACUCUAAAACAAAUUCCUUAAACUGGGACUGCUGGUUGGUUCAAAUAAUAAUUCUGUGUUCCUUGUUUAAAUUUUUGUUUUCUGAAUUUAGUAGGUAGCAAAUAAUAUCAGUGUUUUGUUUGGAUAGGCUAUGUUCAAGAUGUAAGCUAAAUUUGACCAUAUACAAGAUACACAUUAACAAAUUAGACAUUUUUUCUGUAUAUCAGGAACACAUAUUACUUGCACAUCGCAUUCAUAGUUUCAUAUUUCUGGUUUGAAGUGCUCUUCUGGAAGGAAUAUACUGGCAUCAUUCCAGAAUAGCUUUUGAUAGCCUUAUACUGCACAUUCUUAUAAUUUUUGAAAGUUAUCUCUUUUUGGUGACCAUCACAAGUAGUGAAAGCAAAUUCAUAUGGUAUGAAGCAACCCUUCCUAAAUACUCUACCAUUCAGUUUCAUUGAAUGAUCAUGGGCUCUAGUAUUAAAAAGGUGAGAAAAAUCUUUUUUCUCAAUAUUUUGCCUUCAGGAUAUGCUUCAUGUUACCUAGUGAGAGAGGAGAAUGUAAAAGGGAAAUGUAAAAUAACCUAUUUUGGAGUGUUUAAUAAUCAUCGCUUGGAAUAGCUGCAUGUCAAAACUAUAUUUCAUAUAGUCUAAAACAAUUCCUGACUUCAGUAGUUUUUGAAAUGAUGUACCGUGUAGCUUUUUCUGUAGAAUGGCUAAAGUUUGGAAAGCUUGAAAGGACAUUAUAAACACAGAAAGAUCUGAAAUAACA